AUGUCUUUGAUGAUCGGGGUGCUUCUGGUACUGUUGCUCGUCGCGGCAACAGUUGCCGGGUGGCGACUCUCGGGCCGAUCCCCACCUCCUCAUCGGCCCGCAUCACCUUAUCCUCAUCCGAGCUUCAACGACAAAAGAGAGAAGCCCGGCAUCGCGAAGCAGACAACCGAUGAAGACAUUCACAAUGAGGUCAAAAUCGAACCUCUUCACGACUUCUCAUGGCAGGACACACCACCCCUCCAGCUCCGGCCCUUCAAGCCAAAAUACCACAUCACCAUGGCCAUUCAGACCUCCUCCCCGUCAGAGCUGAUCAUCAUGGAUAAGAACUAUCUUGAUCGAGUCACUGCUCGGAAAGCAAUCCUGGCCUCCCACCCAAAAGUUGUCAAAGGGUACAUCCCCUCUGGCAUCGCCCCCAUCAGGGAGCUCUACGCCUACCUCAUGGCCACCUACCUACCCACCCGCUACCCAACCAUGUUCUCCCUCUCUCCCAAUCGAACAACCCUUCACAACAAAAUCACCUCUUGCCUCUCUCCAGUCUCCCCCCUUGACCUCCCCCCCGACGAGCUCCUUUCCACCCUGGCCACAACCAUUGAAGACGAUAUCUUCCUCCUGCUCCCCAACCCGGCUACCGGCCUCCACCGCUGCGUGGCCUUCCUCUGCUGCCACCCCUCCGGCUUCGACCCCUCAACAAAGCUAGACCAAACCCUAGCCGGCAUCCACGGCCCUGUUCCUUCCUACGGCAAAAUCGGUGCUAGCAUGGAGAAAUUCUUCUCCAAACUGGAAGUGGGAAAGCCAGUUAAGAGGGUGAACUGGGGGCUUCAGACGCAUAAGGAGCUGUACACGCCGAGCGGUAACCACAUCCACGAGCAUGAAGUGGAUAGUUUGACGGAGGAGGAUAGGGAGGGUAUUGAUAUUAGUCAGACGAGGUUGAGGGUUGAGUUACAGACCUUGACGAGACUGCCGGGGACGAGGGGGAUCGUGUUUAGUUUUAAGACCUUUUUGUAUGGGUUGGAUGAGAUUAGGGGGGAGGGGAGGGGGGAGGAGCUGGCGGUGGCGGUGGAGGGGUUGAGGGGGGGGAAUGCGAAGGGGAUGUGGGUUUAUAAGGGGGGGGUUAGGUGGGGGGAGAGGGUUUGUGGGGCAACCCGCUGCCCGGUCAUUUUCUCCCUCGGCCCCCGGGCACAGCUUCCGUUCGCCAUGGCUACCAAAGGCAGUGAUGAUGAUCCCACGACGGACAGGGCGGAAUCUUCGCCGACAACAAAAGAAGCCCCACCGUUGCCGGCAGCAGCUCUGUCUGAUGAAAAGUCUCCUGGUGUCCGCCGUGCUGAGGCCCUGGCUUCGGUUCUCACCAAGGCCGACUACGUCUUCAUCUUCUUUGGCGUCUUCAUAAUUGCCUUUGCCUAUGGUCUCGAUGGCAUGCUCCGCUACGCUUACCAGCCUAAUGCCACGGCUUCUUUCUCCAAGCACUCGCUGUUGGCAACUGUCAACGUUUUACGCUCCGUCAUCGCCGCCGCAGCACAACCCACCUCAGCCAGGAUCGCCGACAUCUUUGGCCGUGUCGAGCUUGUGUGUUUGUCAGUCUUUUUCUACACUCUCGGCACCGUCUUGGAGGCAACUUCACAAAAUGUCGAAACAUUUGCCACUGGGGCGCUCAUCUACCAGAUUGGAUACACCAUGAUCAUCUUACUGCUCGAGGUUAUCGUUGCCGACAUCACCACCACCCGAGCUCGCCUGCUGUUCAGUUACAUCCCGAACGCCUCGUUCCUCGUAUUGACUUGGGUCAGCGGAAACAUUUCUUCGGCCGUGCUUGCUGUCACAACUUGGCGAUGGGCCAUCGGCAUGUGGUGUAUCAUCUAUCCGGUGUGCGCCAUGCCUCUGAUCAUCAGUCUCCUGGUAACUGGCCGUCGAGCCCGCAGGUCACAUGUGAUGGAUGGAUACGUCGACCCGAUCAAAGCUCUCCCCUGGGGCAAAUUUUUUGCGUACUUGUUCUGGCGCCUCGAUGUCAUCGGAAUCAUUCUCAUGAUUGCUGUCUUCGCUUUGCUCUUGGUACCUGUCACGCUGGCAGGUGGCUUCAAGACUUCCUGGACCAGCGCUCAUGUCCUUGGCCCGUUGAUAGCUGGCUUCACCGCGAUACCGCUCUUCAUUGGGUGGCAGCUCUAUACCCCCCAACCGCUUGUGCCAUUCACACUCAUGAAGGAUCGAGCCGUGUGGGCCGCCCUCGGAAUCGCCUUGAUGCUGAAUUGGGCGUGGUAUAUGCAAGGCGACUACUUGUAUUCGGUUCUGGUCGUUGCUUUCGAUUUCGAUGUCAUGACGGCCACUCGGGUGUCUUCCUUCUACACAUUUUUCAGUGUUCUCACCGGCACCGUUCUCGGAUUUGUCGUAUACAAGGUCCGCCGGCUGAAAGUCUUUAUCGUCGUUGGAACAUGCCUCUUCAUGGUUGCUUUCGGUCUCCUCAUCAAGUAUCGAGGUGAUACCGACAUGUCCAGCCGAGCUGGUGUUGUUGGCGCCCAGGUUGUUUUGGGUAUCGCCGGUGGCAUGUUUCCCUACCCGGCGCAGGCCUCUCUUCAAGUGGCGCUGAAGCACGAGAAUCUCGCUGUCAUGACGGGCCUCUACCUCGCCACUUACAACCUCGGAUCUGCGUUUGGCGGUGCUGUCUCGGGCGGGAUAUGGACUCAGGUCUUGCCAAACCAGCUUGCCUGGCGGAUGGAGGGAUUCAACAAUGAGACCUUGGCAACAUCUGCUUACGGGAAUCCAUUUGCCUUUGCGAAGCAGUACCCUGUGGGCACGCCCGAGCGGCAGGCGUUGAUCGACUCUUACAAGUACGCCCAGAGGCUGUUGACGAUUACGGGGAUUUGUUUGUGUGUGCCGCUGAUUGCUUUUGCGUCGACGUUGCGGAAUCCAAAGUUGAAUGAUGAGCAGACUUUGAAGGAGGACGAGCCGGCUGCAUAG